UCAGCGGUUUAUUUGGCAAGUCGCGUUUGUUCAGGUGUGAACUCGUCUGCUGAGGAACCAGUAUUAGCUACAGUCUUACCAGUCUAUUGUACUCCCGCUACUGAGAAAAGCCCCCAAAGCAUGCAGCUGAGUGCUAUGAGAUUACAGCUCCGUCUUCUACUCUGGACAGUUCUUCUCCUGCCAGCUCUUCUUGGGAGAUGCUGUGCACAAGUCGACUGUGAGAAGAGAUCGAGCUACACCAACUGUGUAUCAGAAAUAAAUGGAUUAGGGAGUAAAGGCGUAGACGAAUCGCUGAACUGCGAUGACAGCGGCAGUGAAGUUAUAUAUGUUCCCAUGGGCAGUGAAGAGACUCUUGUGUGUCAGAUCCUCCGGGAUGUCGAAGUUGACUUCUCUGGUGGCUGGAAUUUCUACCCUUCCAAUGGAAGUGCCAUGGUAUCAAAUGUACAGGCCAACCAUUCAAGGAUCUCGGCUGAGACAGACCGACUGACCAUCACAAACAUACAGCCAGAGGACGAAGGACUCUAUGCUUGUGUAGCAAGGGAGGGUGAUGAUGUGCAACGCACCGUCAUUGCUGGCUGUAUCAUAGUCCAUGGAACUGCUCAGUCGUAUGAUGACUCCACAGAGAACAUAAUUGCCUUAAGUGGAGAGGACGUCAUACUUCCAACUGCAGUCGUGUUCGAGAAUGCCGGUCACUGUGGUGUCAACCCAGAGUACACUCAGGCUCGACUGCGAUACGAGCCCGACCAGAUUGUACUCUUUCACUGCAUGAAGAUGCCGUGUUUGGAGAAUUCUGCUACACACAGCUACAACUUUUCUGCAUUGGGAAACGUGACUCUGCACCCACCAGUCAAUCCAGGGCCGUACUUUAUGGCACUGAUCCAGAUGUGCCCUAGCCCGGUCCUAAGGAUGACGUACAAUGUCAAUGUCGUUGGUUCCGCAAUUCAGACAUCGAGAUUGGCAAGCAAAUUGGGGAGUAACUCAUCAGUUCGUUCACAAACCUCUGUACCAUCUCCAAGCAAAGGUCCAACCGCACCAAGACCUGGAGAAUGUAAGUCAAAAUUCGAGUCUAUUGUUGUCUGAACUUUAAAAAAAUUCCACUGACCUAAAAAUUCCACAGCACAAUACCUUUUACUGAAGAAAACUGGUUAUCCCAGACCCACUUGCUUAAGAACCAUCAGCUUUAUUAUA